UAUGAACUCAAAUGAUGAUGAUUUAUACUUAAGUAUCUCUGAAGAGAAGGAUUUAUACAACUACAGUGAAUGGGUAGCUAUUCUCUUGUAGGAUUAUGAACCCUAUAGAUAUUAAGAUAAAUAUGAUAAAUUGGUUAACUAAUAUUAGAAGGAUAUCCUCUUUUAAUAGAUGAUCUGGAUUGUUCUCAAAUUAGAUAAAAAUAAGAAUACAUUUGAUGAUCUAAUUGCUGCUGCCAUACCUGGAGCAAAAACUAAAGGUUAUGAAGCUCCUAUUGAGAGAUUUCCUAAAUAAUAAGUUAUGGUCUCCAAAAAAGUUCUUAAGUUAAGAAGGAAACUCUAGAAUUACAAUGUUCAAUUCGAUUUUGAAGAUGACUAUCCCUUACCUAAUAUUACCCAACCUUUUGAAUUCAAAUUUGAUGUCAACACAAUUUUAUAGCUCAUUUUAUAAUGAAAUAUAUUUAUG